CAUGACAGUAUUUAUGCUUUUGAGUCUAGCCCCAAAAUAAACAACAACAACAACAACUACACGCCUACAGAAUGGAUUCAACUUCACGUGCUGUAAUGGAUACAGCUCCAGAUGAUGAUGGGCCAAGUCAUGGUGGUCCACUCAAGCGGCGUCCGUACAUUAAAAAGUUUGUGCAGCCCGAUUCAGAUGAUGAUGUGGAGGAUUUGCAAAAGCUGUACAAUGUGCAAGAGUCCUGGCGCACGUUGAUAAUGCUGCCCACAUGCCAAAAGGUUAUGAUAAGUGAGACUGCGCAGAAGGCUAUGAAAGUGCAGGUGGGCUAUAAUGUUACCCAGGAGUUUCCUUGGAAGCAGGUGCAGUUCAAGCUGCUGCGUGAUCAUUUGUUUGAGGAGCUUGAAAAUGGCGCUGACCUAAACAAGCAAUUUAAAGGCUUCAAUCCGGAAGAGUAUGUGCUUAUAGGCUAUUGUCCCAUACUUACCGAAGCGGAGGAUGAUCCACCAGAGGGCGAUCCCUAUAUAUUCUUCAUAAGCGGCAAGGAUGCCAAGCUGGCCAUGGGCAUUAUUCAGAAUAUGGAAGCCUUUGAACGCUGGCGCAUGCAGCGACGUCUGCGCAAGAAGCCACGCCGCUGGGUCAGCAUGGGCAGCGAGCAUGAGAUGAGCAUUAUGGUGGAACGUUUUCGCGAAGAGCCUGUGGAUGUGGAAAUCCAAAGCGUCUAUCCCAUACAAGAGCCGAAGCAUACAGCAUUUCACUAUCGUAUGGCCAAAGAUGUGCGCGAUGGUGUCAUCGAGCUGCUGCCCAGUGAGGCAAUCAAAUGGGAUAAUGUAGCCAGACGUAGAAUUACAGUGGCCGUGCAAUCCUCACCAGCGUUGAUUGAUAGAGAGCAGCAGACGAAUCCUACGUUUCCAACAAAUGCAUGGUCGCAGUAUUUGUACGAAAUAGAUGCAGAUGAUCUGGAGUUGGAUGAAUCAGAUGUCGAAGAAGUUGAACCAGGACGUGCUAGCAGACCUGUCACCCCAGUGCCAGCGGAAGAGGAAUUGGUAAAACCACCACCCGAAAUGUCCGAACAAAUUCAAUUUCUGCUGGAAACCCUCGAGUUUAAUCAGAUUGACAGCUAUCGCAACGAUUAUCAGCUCAUUGCCAGUCGCAAUGUUGUGCGCUAUACCAAUCCGUAUCUGCAGGAAUUCAUCUGCUUUGCCAACAUUUCAAAGAGCGAUAAACGUUUUGUCGCCAGCACCGAUUGGUAUCCCACAAUUUCGGGACUCGUCGCUGUUUCCUAUGCUUUUACCACACCUGUCACCGUUGAUCUCGCCACACAUCAUAACAACUUUGUGCAGCGUGCUGUGCUGGAGCCUAAUCCGGUGCUGCUUUGGAGCUUUGCAGACAAUCUGAACUAUAAGCUGGAGUUUGAAGCGCCCUUUGAGGUCACUUGUCUUUCGUUUUGUCCCUACAAUGCGGAUAUUUUAAUAGGCGGCUGUCAGAAUGGCCUACUGACCAUUUGGGAUAUGCAGGGACGCUGUGAGCAUCUGGAUGAGGAGGAGUACUUGACGCCGGCGCAGGCCAAUUAUCGCGCACUUAUUGGCGAGUUUCUCAAUUGGACGCUGGAGCUGGAUGAGGAGAGCAUUGUAGCUCCGGCUACCUUAUCGCCGCUGGAGCUUUCACCCAAAGGCGCCAUCACUGGCAUCUACUGGCUAAGCCAGCACUUUUAUCUAAAUCACUUUGGCAAGGUCUAUAACGAUCCCGAUAAGCGUGUGCAGCACAAUUUCUUUGUUACUUGCGCAUUUGAUGGCACUGUAAGCUUUUGGAAUCUGGACGGUGAUGGCUCUAGAAAGGAAAAGGAGCAAGCGCAGCGCAAUCGCAAUUUGCCCAAGGAACUGACACAGAACGAAUCGGCGAUGAAAGGCAAAACUAUAAAGCCCACCUAUAGCAUUAUGUAUAACGAACCUUUAACUGGCAUUAUAGCAGAUACUUCAGUAUUCUCCAUUGUAACACCGCCUAUUAAAAAGAUAAACGAAUCGCCAGCUAAUUAUCCCACAAAGCUACAAGCUAAAGAUCCGCCAGAUCUGCGUCAAUCCAUGAUACUUUCUACAUACUAUGGACAUAUAAGUCGUGUGGAAUGGCAGGGCGUCUAUAGCGAGGCUGGCGCCGUGGAACAGGUGAAUUGCUCGCAACAGUUUGCUAUGGUGCAUGAUGGUCCGGUGGUGGCCAUAAGCAAGAAUCCUUUCUAUCCGGAGCUGUUUGCUUCUAUAGGACGCACUGUGUUUGCUUUGUGGAAGGAGGACUAUCAUGAUUCACCUAUUAUAUGGCGCAAACGUCCAGCUGAUCUAACUGCUGUGGCCUGGAGUGAAUCGCGCCCAGCUGUGCUUUAUCUUACGAGAAUGGAUGGCAUGCUGGAAGCUUGGGAUAUACUAGCACGCGAUGACGACGCUGUGUUGACUGAAGUUCUGGGUGGUGGCAUUAUCACCGCUGUAACCGAACAUCGUCCAUCUUUGCCUCACAAAAUUCUGGGCAUAGGUGAUUACAAUAGCAGCAUACGCAUGGUCAAGCUGCCGCAAAGUUUUGAUGUUCCACUACACAAUGAGCUGGGUAAACUAAUGGACUAUGUGCUGCGUCAAAUUACACGGAAGAUGAAUAUACGCGCUUGGGAAGACAAGUAUUAUGAGCUGAAUAAGGAUAUUAUAGAAGCAAAGCGUCAGGCGGAGGAAGAAACACGCAAGGAAAUGGAACGCAUAGAGCGUGAAGCACAAAAUCCACGCAAGCGUGAAAGCCAAACGGAUGAAGCUGCCGACGAAAAACCCAAAGCUGGCGCGCCCUAUUGUGAACGCAUGGCCAAGAAGUGGGAUGAUCUGAAUCUACAUCGCAUGAUGACUAUACUUAUGUCACGCAAGCAAAUGGAUCCGGAGAAGCUGGCACGUGAGACGGCGCUGGAGAAGGAGCGUCAUGCCUAUGAGAAUGCCAAGAAGGACUCGCAUGCGCGACUGCUGCAAACGAUUGAGGAGGAUGUGGCCAGCAUACGCUCACGCAUUUUGCCAGCUGAGGUGCAGGAUAUGCAGCGCAGCGAAAUGAUUGCCGAGCGCAUCAAACGGGAGAUGGAAAAUGCUGAGAGCUACGAAAGCGUUUGCGAGGAAGCUUUUGAUAAGCUGCGCAACUUUCCCGAUUUCAAGACUAUCGACUACAUAGAGCUGCUGGAGCGUGGACAGCAGCGUCGUCAGCUGCUCGAUCAAUCGCUGGGCGGCAAUACGGAACGCAAGCUUUGGUAUGAACUGCGCGACACUGAUGGAACGCUAGCCGAAUGCGAUUUCGGCUGUGAUCUGCUCUAUACGAAUCGCUCACUGCGCAUACCCAGCCAAGAGCAAGUGCCAGAGAAGUCGCAAUCGAUAGAAGAAAUAUUGCAAGAGCAGCCGUUGCGUGACUCGGCGGAGAGUGUAGAAGUUGUCUAAAUUUUGUUUUUUAUUUCGCUUAGCGGCAGCAGCUUUGAAAUACAUUUCGUUUAAUGA